AGUUAUCUUUCCCAGUUAUGACUGGAAGUGGUGAAAUCUUAUUCAUGUGCUGAGUGAGAUUCUUCUUUCCAUUUUAUUUCAUGCAAGCCUUUAAUUUAAAUUCAUUAUUCUGAAAAUGACUAGUUUGGAAAACUUUGUAUCGAAGACGCUUGAUCUGCUGGAAAAGGAAAGACAAACAGAAAUCGACGAGACAAGACUUUUAACAGAGAAAUUACCAGCAAAAGAAUUACAGAACCGUGGGGUAUGUUUACUCAAACUGCGUCUAGCAGAGAGACGAUCAGGUCUUUAUGGACGAAACAUCUCAACCUUUGAACCCUUUUGGUCUGGUGCAGAACUACCCUCCCAUAAUUUGACACCAGGUGAUAUUGUUGGAUUAAAUUUAUCACAAGGUGAAGGUCAAGCAGACUGUUUGGCAUCAGGUAUUGUGUCAAAGAUCAGUUCUUUACAGAUUAGUGUAGCGUUCGACGAAACAGCAGACAUUUUCUCAUUGGAUGAUGAUGUUCAGUAUAAAUUAACAAAACUAGCCAAUGAUGUUACAUAUAAAAGAUUGAAAGGUGCCUUGAAGGAUCUAAAUAAAUACACGUCUGGUCCUGCAGGAAAUCUCAUUAAUAUACUAUUUGAUGUGUCGUCUCUAUCACCACCAAGUCAAGGCUUUAAUAUUGAAUUCUUUAAUGAGAAUCUGGAUGAAUCACAACGAGAAGCUGUACGAUUUUCUCUUUUACAAAAAGAACUAGCUGUAAUACAUGGACCUCCAGGUACAGGUAAAACUACCACAGUAAUAGAAGUUAUAUUACAAGCUGUUAAACAAGGUCUUAAGGUAUUGGCAUGUGCCCCAUCAAAUAUUGCAGUAGAUAAUCUGGUAGAAAGAUUGUCCAGUUACAAAAAAAAGAUUGUUAGAAUAGGUCAUCCAGCACGAUUAUUACCCUCAAUACAACCAUACGCUUUAGAUGCUAUUGUGGCCAAUAGUGAAGAAACAAAGAUAGUUGAAGAUGUACGAAAAGAUCUUGACAAAGCUCUGUCUAAAAUGAAAACAGCAAGAAAUAAGGGUGCUAGACAGGGUUUGAAAGAAGAGGUAAAAUUACUACGUAAGGAAUUGAGACAGCGUGCAGCGACAGCUACAAAAGAGAUUCUAACCAAAGCUGAUGUCGUAUUGGUAACUUUAACAAGUGCAACAGAUGACGGUCCACUUAAAUUUAUAGAUAAAGGCCAUUUUGAUUUAGUCGUUAUUGAUGAGAAUUCACAGGCUUUAGAAGCUGCAUGUUGGAUUGCCCUGUUGCGUGCUCCAAGAUGUAUUUUAGCUGGAGAUCAUCAUCAGCUUCCACCUACAAUUCUCUCCAAACAGGCGGAAAAAGAAGGCCUGGGUGAAACAUUAAUGGAACGAGUUCUAAAGACACAUCGGGAUGAAGUUGUGCGUAUGUUAACUACUCAGUACAGAAUGAAUGAAGCCAUCAUGCAAUGGUCUUCUGAUCAACUUUAUGAGGGAAAAUUAUCAGCACAUGACUCUGUUAAGUUUCACUUACUAAAAGAUCUACCUCAUGUAAACCAAUCAGAAGAGACAGAAAUUCCACUUCUGUUAAUUGAUACAGCAGGCUGUGACUUGUUUGAACUGGAUUUACCAGAAGAAAUAUCAAAAGGAAAUGAAGGUGAAGCUGGCAUUGUAGCCAGUCAUGUUGAGAAGUUGGUAGGAUGUGGUCUGAAACCAGAUGAGAUAGCAGUUAUUGCCCCUUAUAAUUUACAGGUAGAUAUAUUACGCGGUCUGUUAUCAAGUAAAUAUCCUAAGUUAGAAAUAAAAUCAGUGGAUGGAUUUCAAGGUAGAGAGAAAGAAGCUGUCAUAAUUACUUGUGUUAGAAGCAAUUCUAAAGGUGAUGUUGGUUUUCUAGCCGAGAAUCGUCGUAUGAAUGUGGCUGUAACUCGAGCCAGACGUCAUCUUGCCCUUAUUUGUGAUACAGAGACUGUUAGUCAUGAUAAGUUUCUAAAAACUAUGGUGGAAUAUUUUAAUGAAAAUGGAGAGGUUUGGUCGGCACAUCAAUACAUAGAAGCUGGUGAAAUUCACCAAGUGACAUCUCAUCCUAAGAAACAAGUACAGGCUGGUCAAGAACAAAAAAAGACUGAAAAGAAAAAUAAAGAUAGAAAAAUACCGAGUAAAAAUACAGAAGAAGAUGACAAAAAGAAAGAAGAAGAAUUUAGAAUUAAAUUAGAGAAGUUUAACAGCGAUAAGACUAGAUCAGUUUUAUCUUUUCCUUCCAAUUUAAAUUCUCAUGAUCGGCUUUUGAUACAUCAGAUUUCUGAUGCAUUAGGUUUAGUACAUUUAAGUAAAGGUGAUGGCAAAGAUCGGUAUAUUGAAGUUAAAAAAGAAAACAAGAAUCAUAAUAUAUCAACUGAUAAAACUGAAACAACGAAAUCAACUGGAAUAAAUGAAGAGACGAAUUCAGAAAUAAGUGAUCAAAAUGAAAUACCUGAAAUGGAUGAAAGAACAGAAAAGGGAAAUAACUCCACCAUAGUGGAAGAUAGCUCUGUAAAAGAGGAACAUUCUCAAAAUAAGGUUGAAAUUUCUGUAAGAAACAAGAUGGAAGAUGAGAAGGUGUUGGAUGAAAAACUUACUGUAAAGAAUAAUGUAAGCUUACGAAAGCCAAGCGAUAAAAUAACCUGUCUUCGUUGUAAUAAGGAUGUUAUUCCUGCUAAUAUAGAAUUACACGAACUUCAUUGUUAUCGUCAGCUGAAACAACAACAAACAUCUCAAAGUGCCUCAAUUAAACCUGCCAAGAAGAAAGAAAAAAAUUCUAAUCAUAAAGUACUUACCAAAAAAGAAAACAUUAAUUUAAAUCGAACAAGUAAAGCGUUGGAAAAAGUCGAUCCAAAUGAUUUAGAUGCCUUAUUAGAAACUGUGUCCAAACUUGAUAAGCGUUGUGCCUUUCCGAAAUGUAAAGAAUUAACUUUGACUUUAGGUCAAACGUGUGACUUUUGUUCAAGCAGGUUUUGUUUUCAUCAUUAUAUUCCUGAAGUACAUGGUUGCGGUGAUCAGGCAAGAUCUGCCGCUAGAAAAACCCUUGUACGCGAAGGUGUAAUUUAUCGCGGUAGUGGAGUUCCAGAUAGAAAACCGGAUCCAGAGAAGAAAGCCCAUUUACAAAAGAAAUUAGACAAAAGACUUGAGGAUUUAUCAUCUAAACGGUUGCACAAAAAAUCUUCAAAUAAAUAAAUGAAUAAAUAAAGUAAUUUAUGCAAAG